AUGGAUAAUCCGGAUACCCCGAAAACCAGGCGUCCGUUGCCAACCCCCGGCGCACCAGCGUCGCAAAGGCCAAGCACUCCAAUCUUGAGUCCUGCCCCGAUUCCAACCUCCAGCUUCUAUGGCACAAAGGCACCACCGCUUCCUUCGAGGCCUAAAAAUCCAGGCUCGUCUCACACAGCAUAUGUACCACCAGCGCGUUACAAUUCACCGUCAUACGAUGGUUCAUCUGGGUAUCGAGAGCCUGAGCUGGUGGAAGAUGUUGCUGAUGAAGAUGACACGCUUCCGGAUCUAAUUCCUCAGUCAGAUACAAACUGGGCCUCAGAUAUUCCUGAAGAUAACAGCGUCUGGCAAGCCCAUAAUUGGAGCUCAUCAUUAACAGAUUGGGAAAAUUCCAACACACCUUCAAAUUGGGCUGAAAAGGUGCACACAACGGUCGGAACUACCGACUAUUCCAUGGAUUAUCUCAACUCGAGUAGGAUCGAUGACUUCACCAUCGAUGGUAGAAGUCAUUUUGAAGAAUUAAAUUGGUGGAACCCAGAAGAGCGUGCCAAAAACAAGCGUCCAGGAUUCGGUAUACUUCCCCCUAUUCUGGCAGAAGAACUUCAUGACCCAAAUCACUCCUUGUUCUCUGUUAACAUCACCACCCCGCAACACCCAGCAAAUACGCAUAUUUCUUCUACUCCAACAAAAGAUCAAUCUUCUCCUGGUCCUUCUAACACUUCCUCUAGUCCCCCCCAUGCACAUCAUGCCACCAGCGAUAAUUCUCCUCCGCCAUCGGAAGACGAAAUUAGGAUGUCAGUUCCUCACCCAAAUGCGUACUAUUGCCCCAAGGACAAUGGAUGGGUCAUCCUGAGCUGGAAAUCGUCUUCUGUUCCACCUCCCCUUUCACGCACCUACAUCAAUAAUUCAGGAUCUCCUCUUCCCGAUCAAUCGCGUCGGAGACAAACCCAAUCUUGUAUAGAAGAUUCUGACCAGCCUUUCGGUAAAACAAACAAGACACACCACUUUCAUAAAUAUGAAAAGGCCGUCGACAGUCACAAAUUAACACCACCUUUCAGGCAAGAUGAGUGGCAAAUCCUCGAAAAUCUCAAGCAGAGACGACGCGCUGGUACAAUCAUCACAUCUGACACAGAUAUCAAUACCGCAGAACCAGGUGAGCAGGAAGGAGAACUCGAGGACGAGGGACAACUCUUGGAUCUCUAUGUUUGCUCGUCGGGCGUGAUUCCAGGAGUCAUACCCCGUAAAUAUAUCGAUGAGCUCGUAAAGGAGAAAAAAGCACACCCAAUGCUAAACAGAACUGGUGAAGCGACCGUUCUCUGUGCCCUUGAGACUUUUUUGACUGCCAUUGAAAAUAAACUAUGGAAAGGCAAUAACCGUCAAAUUAAGGUCAUGAGUUCUGGAUUCCAGGCAAAAGUGGGAUGGAAUCCAAAUAUUAAACGUAUAUUUGAAUGCUUGGGCUUCGUGGAAGAAGCCAUGGAGCGAGAUAGCACGCUGAAACCCCCCGUAACGGAUACAAUCUCUGCUGUUGGAAAACAAAAUCGCCGCAAGCUACUUCGUGCUUGGGUGGAGAUAGGAUCCUGGGUCGCAGACUACAAGAAACUUCAAGGCAUGUUUUUUGUUUCUUCCUUGGCAAUAUGCUCACUUAUUUGUGAUCUAGCUUCUUAUCUUAAGGAUAUUGUGAAAGAGUUCAAACUUUACGUCCAAUUGGACAGCGCUAGGGAGAUGUACCAAACUGCUAUUGGGGCUCAUCCUGAUCAAAUCCCACGAGGCGGGUUGUCAGAUACCUUACUUGAAGCAGUGAGGCCUUUAGAGGCCGCCUGGAGAGGCCUUGGCCUUACCGCGACGACUUUCUCCGCAGAUAUGUUGAUAUUCGCUUACCUGGCACAAUGUCGAUGCGAUCCUGGUGGAACUUCAAAAUAUUUCAGCUAUCUAACGGCUAUUGUAAAGCAGCUUGAGGAAUAUGGAGGUUGUCCUGCGCAAGUGCAGGAACUCGUUGUGAUGGAACAGUCUCGCGAACGGUUUACGCUGGAUGAUGUAGCUAAUGCUGCUACGACCCUUGGGUUCGGUUCUGAAAAUGUAUUGGGCGUGGAAUACGACCAAGACGAUAUCCCCGACGAGUUUGUGGAAAACGCUUGGAAGGAUUGUGUAAAACGGUCGUGGCGUGAUCAUGAACAUGGCUCAGAGACACAAAGGCAUUCCAACGAGGCUUUGAGAAUUCUGGCAGAAUCAAGAGGAAGCAUAACUCUCAGAAAGGCCUGGGAAGUUGGAAAAAACAAGUAUAUGAACCCCGAUCGCGCUUACGAUACCCUGGAGAUACCCAAAGACGUGGAUGACCACAUGUUAAUCACGGUUUAUAAUAUGAGGCUUGAAGAAACGCCAAUGCAGCUGGAAAAAAUGCGCGAGGCUAUGUCAGUGAUAGCAGAAGUUCGAGACAGUGAACGUCUAAGACAAUUCAUUUCCUCUGGACUGGAUCCUGGCGAGAUUAUCGCCCCAACUAGGUCAGAUUUACCCCGAGGGCUUAAUCAAUUGGGAAACACCUGCUAUCUUAAUUCAUUGUUACAGUAUUUUUAUACAAUCAAAGACCUGCGGGAAGCUGUACUACCUAUGUCAAAGCUGGACAUCAAAGCUCUCGAUGAUGAGAAGUUGUCCGAUGAAGAUCUGAAACGUCAUCGCGUAGGCGGAAGACUGGUAACAAGAAGGGAAAUCAUCCGUUCUAGGAAAUUCAUCAAUCAACUUGCGGAGCUAUUUUUCCAUUUGGAAUAUAGCGAAAAUCCAGCGGUUACUCCGACCAUAGAACUUGCCAAGCUUGCCUUGAUCACUUCAAGGGACGAGGAAGAGGACGAAAUGGACAAGGGUGGAACAGACUCAUCGAAUGAUACCGACGCUACAUUGGUCGACGAUGGUCCUUUAAGGUCAAGUGCCCCUGAAUAUCCUCAAACUAUACGUUCUCCAAGCUCCCCGAACUCCGUGCUGGGAAAAAGACCUCGAGACAUGGAACGACAAAACACUGCGAUGGAUGUCGACGUGCCUCUUAUACAAUCACCGAAAGACAAAGACGGAUUUAAUUUUUCCCCUUCCCAAAAAGAUCCUAGUUCGUCUGGUUCUAAUUCCUCGCGAGCAGAAGCGUCAUCGUCCAAACUUCUAGCGAAAGGCACAGACGGUGACAGCAAGAUGCUCUCUGUGCCAACCUCCCAGAAACCAGUUCCCCCUCCCAGAAAAAGAGUUGAGACCAAUGACUCAACAAUGAUGUUCGGGAAACAACACGACGUUGCUGAGUGCAUGGACAACUGCAUGUUCCAGAUUGAAACUGCUUUGUUGAGGUUCGAUGACAUGAAUGAUGAUUCCGGAAAGACCAGUGUUGUCAAGAGCUUAUUUUACGGAAAAAUCCGCCAACGUCUGACCGCAGCGGAUGCUCAACAAUCAAGGGCGUCAAUCCAUGAAAAGGAGGACCUUUUCUCCCACCUUCCGGUCAAUGUGACCAACGAUGGUGUUGAUAUUUAUGACGGACUGAGCGGCUAUUUUGACGACAUAGUUGACUUUGAAGGUCGAAAAGCGCGCAUGGAAGUCACUCUUGUAGACUUGCCUCCAGUGCUUCAGAUCCAACUCCAGAGAGUCCAAUUUAAUCGUGAAACACUGCAGCCUUACAAAUCGCAAGCGUAUGUAAAGUUUGGAGAGAACCUCUACAUGGAUCGUUUUUUGGAUAGUGCAAACCCAGAUAAGAAGUCAAAGUCAAAGGCCAUACAGACAGAGUUGAAUGCAUGUAGAGAAAGAGUUCGCAUUCUGGUUGAAGGAAAAGAUUUACCCUAUGCUUCGUCCCUUGAGCAUACACAGAAGUUCUUGUUCGGCUUACAAAGCACAGGGAGUAUAUCUGCAAUUGAAGACGAAACAUUGCAGCAAUUGGAGGAUGAAAAGAAACGAAUCAAUGAUGAUAUUGAUCGCCUUCGCGCUCGCAUCGAUGUGUUGAAAACCGAAUUAGAAACCAUCUGGGCAGAUUGCAAACAGGCUGCGUACGAGCUUACAUCUGUCUUCAUUCAUCGUGGCUCGUCACCAUCUUGGGGACAUUAUUUUUUUUACUCUCGACAUUUGCCUGGAUCUCCCGACUCAUGGUUUAAAUACAACGAUUCCGAUGUAACGGUUGUUUCGAAAGAUGAAGUUCUCUGUGAUACGACGGGUUCCACUGCCAACCCAUAUCUGCUCGUGUUUGCUCGCAAAGACUCCAACGUAGUUGAUACCGUAAAACGGUUCGAUCCAUCGAUGCUCGAUUCGUCGUAA